AUGCCGUCCAUACUCAACAUCGCACACAUGUGCUCCCACCUCCAAAACGCCUCCAAGGCCCGCCUCGGCCUCACCUCCGUCGCCAACAACAAAUACAACCUGCACCUCGCCCUCGCCCUGCACCGCUCCGGCUUCUUCUCCUCCGUCUACCGCGCGGGCGCCCAGCCGCCGACCGCCGAGCAAAUGGUCGCCCAGGUCCCCGAGCCCGUCACAAACGCCACCGUCGCGCAGAUGCGCAUCUGGCUCGGCCUCAAGUACUGGGAGGGCCGGCCCGUGCUCAACAAGGCCUCGGUGAUUAGCAAGCCGUCGCGGCUGAUGACGGUGGACGUGCAGGAGCUGGGGAGGCUGACGAGGGGGUUCCCGACCAAGGUCAAGGGCGGGAUGGUGCAGGGCUUGGGGGUGGGCGAGUGUAUGUUUGUUUCGACGUCGAGGGGGGUGUUGGAGGUUAGGGAGGCGCUGGCGAGGAAAGUGGGUGGUGUUUUGAUGUGCCGGGUAUCAUAAAUUUAAACGUCAAAAAGAUGGGAGGGUGGUAAAAGGGAAAAUUGCGGCUUCAUGAUGUAUAUAUAUAUCGUCUCAUAAAGAAAUGGCGGGGGAGAAAAGUACAUCUCACUGUAUGAAUAGAAUGAACUUCAAACAAAACACACAAAAAUUGUCAAUUUGAAAAAGAAGAGUUGGGGGGCUGUUUUGAUGAAGCCAGGAAUAGCCAUGUCUGGCAAAAGAUCAAUUUAAAGCAGUUUAUACAAUAAUUCCAAAGUCCCAGAAGAAAAAAUUCACCAAUGGUCGCUAUAAACAGGUAGGUAUCUAAGGUAUCUUAAUAAACUACAUCUUUCCUUUUCGACAGAGCACCUGUCCAAUAUUACAUAGACAAAGGAUUCGAUAUCAAACAAAAGAAACAAGGCACAAAAAAAAAAGCAUCUCCACCUAGUCAAUCUGACAAAAACGCCAUCCACGACCAUAAGAAACACCAAACUGCUUUAAUUUUUCCCAUUGAUUCAGAUUAUUGCUUAUGAGGAUGCCUAGAGGGCUGGUCCAGCAGUCGCUUUAGUAUGUCUCUGGGACAGCGGUCUCAGCAACUUGCUCCUUUGACUGUUCGACAGUCUCAGGAGCUGGCUCGACAGGAGCCUCCACGCUGGCAACCUCUGGCUCAGCAACAACCUCAACAGCAGAUUCAACGGCAGGAGUCUCUUCAGCCUUGACCUCGACAGCCUCAACAGUCUCAGGAGCAGCCUCAGGAGCAGCCUCAGUAAGCUCAGCCUCCUCAGCAAUCGCAACAACCUCCUCAACAGUCUCAAC